AUGUCUGAUCCUCCCUCUCUCCAGGCUCGAUUGCUAUCCAGAUCGGGAAAAUCCUUUUGUGCCAGGCCUGAUCUGGAUCAUUCUAACCUUUACCAGAGCUAUUAUAAUAUUUUAGCAUGUGAAUCGAAGGGGGACCCUGCAUCGAUGGCCGAAGGCUUAUUAGACGUCGAGUUGGGAUGUAUUAGACUUACAAAACCCCACGGAAAGUUCUUUCACACUAUGGGCUUUUCAAAAAAUGGAUAUAAUUAUCUUUACCCUGAAGAGGCCGUCUAUCUCGCCUGUUCGGGUCUACUCCGCAUUAUUUCUAAAGGAUUACCCCUAAGCUUACAGCAACUUCAGGAUGCCGUUUUUGACUAUGACACAUAUUCUAGUACAGAUUUUUCUCCCGAUGAAUUGGAUUGCUUGCCUUCCUAUGGUGAUCAUUAUGGUACCAUCGGUUCAGCUCCGUUAGUUUGUCCGAAAUUUUGUGUUACCACCCACACUUCUCUCGAUAUCCUCUAUCUUGGAUACGACCUUAGGGUUCGGGGAACAAAACGAGUGCAUGGCUUUUCGAAAUCCACUCUUCCAUCCCCUGAUUUCCUCGUAAUUAUUCUCCGGCCAGAUUAUCCUUAUCCCGAAAUAACCUACCAAGCCGUUUCCGCUGCUGGAGUCUCAUCGACUACGGCCAUUCUCGUGGCUAUGUUGGAUAAUGAUGAUAUCUCUUUUCACUGGACAAAGCCAUUCACGAUUCCUGUUAUAUCCCGCCUUAGCGUCAUU